AUGAACGAAGGCAACGGGCAGAAAGGAGAGGGCUUCAGUCGAAAGAGAGCCCGUAUAGAUUAUGAGGAGACCGAGGAGGAACAACAACAACAACAAGAACAAGGACAGCAGCAGCAGUGGCAGUCUCUGACUGCUGUCGAAGUUAGCGACAAUGUGCGUCUGCCGAGAGUCUCUUCAGCACCACCACCAGCAAAUGGAAACACGGUAAGCCAAGACCUAGCAGAGAAGCAGAGGCCUCGACGAGAAGAACGGCCUCACUACUCAAACUCUCAGCUGCACAAGCAACAUCAUUAUAGUCACCAGUCGAGACUCGAACACCAGAUAGAGGAGCUUGAAUCACAACACUACCUCAGCCCCUCGGACCAAGUCAAGCUCGAGAAUUUGCAAGAUAAACUCGAAAGCAUAACAUCUCGAACCCAAUCUAGUCAAUUUCAUCUACCAAAUUCUUCUUCGCAUAGCCGGUCUGACUUGUAUUAUGGUAAAGCCCAAGCACAAGUGCAAGUGCAAGCACAGGCACAGGCGACGAGAACGGUCAACUGGGAAGCCGAGCAGUUUAGACGAGCACAACAAUUGAAUCUCAAAACGGACGACAAAAUCCACGUCAACGACGAUAGAGAGUACGAAUACGUUUUUGACGAGUCGCAGUACGUCAACUACGAAGAAGAUGAGAUACUCUCGGGAGACGAAGCACUGAAUCAACAGGACCCCCAGAUUGCCGAAAAAGGAGAAAUUGAGGAUGUGCAGCAAAGUCUCCCCGUUUACAAGUACAAGGAUGAGCUCCUCAAGAUUGUCCUGCAAAACCAAGUGUUGAUCGUUGUCGGGGAAACUGGGUCCGGGAAAACCACCCAGUUGCCGCAGUACUUGUACCAUGCUGGCUACUCCCACAAUGACACCAAGAUUAUCGGAUGCACGCAGCCGAGACGAGUUGCUGCCACCUCUGUAGCGCAAAGAGUCGCGCAAGAGAUGCAAGUAAACUUGGGCGACAAGGUUGGAUACACUGUUCGAUUCGACGACAAAUCGAGCGCUAGAACUAAAGUAAAGUAUCUCACCGAUGGUAUGCUCUUGCGUGAGUUCCUCAAGGAUCCCCAGUUGGACUCAUACGGUGCAAUCAUGAUUGACGAGGCCCACGAACGGACGCUAUCCACCGAGAUUCUCCUCAGUUUACUAAAAGACUUGACCGAGACGCGCAAGGACUUGAAAAUAAUCAUUGCCAGUGCUACUAUCAACGCAACCAAGUUUUCGCAAUUUUUCAACAAUUCGCCAAUUUUGAACAUCCCCGGCCGCCGAUUCCCCGUAAAGAUACACUACACGAAGCAGCCCGAGGCAAAUUAUCUCCAAGCGAUAAUCACCACCAUCUUCCAAAUACACUUGACGCAGCCUUUGCCAGGGGACAUCCUUGUCUUUCUCACGGGCCAAGAGGAGAUUGAAAACUUGGAAACUCAAGUGCACGAAGCAGUGGUUAAGCUCGGGGACCAGUUGAAAGCGCACGGGAAAUUGUUGGUGUGCAGCAUAUACGCCAACUUACCCCAUGAGCAACAGCAGCGCAUUUUCGAGCCGACGCCACCAAUGGCGAGAAAAUUGGUGUUGGCGACAAACAUCGCCGAGACUUCAAUCACCAUACCUGGGGUUGCGUAUGUCAUUGAUCCCGGCUACGUCAAACAGACCGAGUUCAAUCCACUGACGGGCAUGGAAAGUCUCUUGGUUGUUCCUUGUUCGCGAGCAAAUUGCGACCAGCGAGCAGGGCGUGCCGGUAGAAUCGGCCCGGGAAAAUGCUUUAGAAUCUUUACUAAGCAUUCGUUUGAUCAUGAAUUGGAGGUCAAUCAGAAGCCCGAGAUUAUGAGAAUCAACUUGAACUCAGUGGUGCUUCUCUUGUUGUCACUUGGGAUCAACGACUUGAUUCGAUUUCCCUUCUUGGAUCCUCCUAAUAAGCAGAGUCUUAUAAAGUCGUUGAAUUUGCUUCGUUCUUUAGAUGCGUUGAACUCGAGAGGCGCAUUAACUUCGACGGGUGCGAAAAUGAGCGAGUUCCCACUAGACCCAACUUACUCCAAAUGCAUUUUGGAAAGUGAAAAAUAUCAAAUCACGAGGGAGAUUUGCAUCAUCAUCGCCAUGCUAACGGAAUCGGCCAAUUUGUACUAUAGCCCGAAAAAAUUGGGGCGUGAACUAGUCUUGAAACGACGCGAGGAGUUUGCCAGUAAACAAGGCGAUCAUUUCACCUUGUUGAACAUAUAUAGACAAUGGAGCAACGUGGGCGGCUACUCCAGUCAAUGGUGCCAGGACUACUUCACCCAAUACAAGACAUUGAAAAGGGCACGCAACAUUUACGAGCAAUUGAUCAAAAUCUGCACCAAGAUAGGCAUGAAGUUGAAUCCAGAACGUGACCACAUAGCCGAAGACGACGCCUCCAAUGACUUGCUUGUCCAGAAAUGCUUGAUGAGCGGGUUCUUUAACAACGUUGUCAAGUUAUCGCCUAUGGGGGACUGCUACCAGAAUAUCGACCCAAAGAAGAACAAGACUCCCUGCUUCAUUCACCCUUCGUCGAUCUUGUUCAAAAAGAGGAACCCCAAGCCUCGAUUUUUGAUGUACUACGAGUUGAUUUUGACUAGUAAGGAGUAUAUGAGAAACUGCUUGAUUUUGGAUGAUAGAGUCGUUGCGGAUAUAGUUGAUAAGAAGCUGCAGCGAUAG